GGCACUCGACAUGUCCUGAGCACGAAUGUAGCCCGUCCAUUUUAUGAAAUUUCGCGGACUAUGGACAUAAUUUGUAACCUGCUAGUUAUUGCUUUGCUUAACAUCCAGUCCUUUGAAACGUAUCCUCAAUGUUUACGUGGGUGCAGCUGCGUAGAAGACCGCCAUGGAAGGUCGCUCAUUUGCAUGGAGGAGAGUGCGUUUGGGGCCAUACCAGGGAACCUCCCAGAUGAUUUGAACAAAAUACGAAUAGAAAAAUCUCACUUCACUGAGAUACCCAGGGGGGCGUUCUCACAGACGCCCGCCUUGGAAAACCUGUGGUUGAACUUCAAUGAUAUUACAUUGAUCAACUCAAAGGGCCUGCAGGGUUUGAGGAACUUAACCGAGCUCCGCCUGCAAGGGAACAAGCUCCGCUCAGUGCCAUGGACAGCGUUCGAAGACACGCCGGCCCUGAAGAUCCUGGACCUGAAGCACAAUCAGCUGGACGUCCUUCCGGAGCAUGCCUUAAAAUUUUUGCCAGAUCUGACUUACUUGGACUUAUCCUUCAAUCGGCUUACAGUCAUAUCUAAGGAGGUUUUCCAAAAUUGGCCGCUCUACCAAAAACUCCAGAACACGGAGGAGCGGGAGGGGCCCGCUUUCGGGCCGAACGUCGUCCUGGCGCUCCACGACAACGCGUGGGUCUGCGACUGCCGCCUGAAAGGCUUCGUGGAGUUCAUCAGGUCCCUGAGCCCCCCUAUUAUACUGAUGAACUCCUACUUGACCUGCUCCGGGCCGGACUUCAGGGAAGGCAAGUUCUUCCACGAGGUAGAGCUGCAGGCGUGCGUGAAGCCUGUGGUCAACACCCCGUCACCCAACAUCAGCCUGCCUCUGGGCGCAAACCUCACCCUGCGCUGCUUCGCUAAGGCCCAGCCAAACCCUGCGGUGUGGUGGACAUAUGGUCUGAAGAUAAUCAAAGGAUUUCGUGAGUCCCAGGAAAGGGUGGAUGAUAACACCAUCAGAUCCCUGCUGGAGAUUCCCUCUCUGCGUGCUACUGACCGUGGCGUCUACACCUGCACUGCCGUCAACUUCAUUGGAAACUCUUCUGUCAGCGUCCUGCUGGACGUCAACUCGCCUGACGGCUCCCAGUCAUCAGUCCUCUCUGACAAACCGGCUGCACCUGCUGCCAGUGAUGAAAACGUCUACAUAAGCAUCCGCAUUGCCAAACAGACAGUGCGUGGUAUCACCAUUGAGUGGCACGCCGCUUUGGAACGCCCCACAGAAACCUGGUUUACCAUCCACUUUGGCAGCGCGGGCAAUGAUAAAAAAGAGACGAUCUUCAUCGGCCCUGGGAUUAACUCUUACUCCGUCUCUGAUUUGAUGCCUGCUACCAAAUAUGAAAUGUGUGUAACCCUUAAAAACCAGGCGCCGCAUAAUGGCCAGUGCAUCGUGUUCGUAACAGGAAGUGACAUCACAGAGAUGGAACAGAGGGAGAAGCUGAUACACAUCGUGGUUAUAGUUUUAGCCAUGGUGUUGGCAGUCCCUAUUGGCAUGUAUGCCUGCACCACCGACACUAAGUGUGCCUGCCUGGAGGGCAUCAUUGAGUCCUGGAAGAACCGGCGGAGAGAGAGGAACUCACCGGGGAUGGAGCGGGAGAGGCAGGGCACCUUCGACAGCCUGCAGGCGGCCAGCGACGAGGGGCUGGUUAACAAAGAUUCCAGUGAAGACAGGAAGGUGAGGAGAAGGUCGGAAGACAGACAGCAUAAAGGCAAAGCCGACCACGGCAGACAAACAGCUGAACUGUACUAAAAUUACUAUAUGUCAAGCCAACAGGGGACAACAUGAAACUGACCCUGUAAAACACCAAUGUCUCAAUCACAAUAUUUUUGUCAAAUAUAGAUCUAGUGUAUGAGAUGAUUUUUAAUACAGCUACAACAUUUAGAAGAAUGAUAUCUUUGUCUUUCCUGGUUUUAAUUUCAUCUCUCCCUCUGUUCUAGGCUGCGGAAUUUGUUGCAAAGAUGUGAACGAUGACCGUUAUGUCAAGAGUGUAAUUCAAGGAUUAGCACAUGGUUGCAGUUUUUUAUGUUUGUCUUGUUAUUAUAUAAUUCAAUUUAAAUCAUCAAACGUUCAAAUUGUUGCUUUAUACAGUAUAAUACCUCUAUGAUUGUUUGAAAUGAAGGAGCGAUGAUGAGUUCAUAUUUUCUAUGCACCUACUAUUUCAGUAGGAGGUGCAUGCGUUAUCUUUAGGUUAAUCUAUAUUAUUUCAUGUAUUUAUCUAUGGAAUGAAAUUGGUUGAAAUGUCUGUACCUGUGUAUCAGCAUAUCUGCAUGCAUACAAAUCAUGUAACACAUUUCUGAAUAAAUAGAUUACAUUUUUUAAAUUCAAAAGUAAAUUCUUUUCUAUCUGCAAAGGCAUAACAAAUAUUUUUAUAGUAGUAAAAAGGUUGAGUUACUAGUACAGUUUUUUUUGUUAAUAUAAGGGGGUGCAUUUAUCAAGUUUGGGCUGACACGUCAAUCUGUUUGACGGUGUUUAAAAAAAAAGGUUAAAACUCAAUUAAUCAACUCAAAUUAAGAGUUAUCUGUUAUGGAAAAGGAGCAUCAAAUAAAUCUUCCUCCUCUUUUUCA